AUGGAUGCAAGUAGUGAGAAUAUAACAAGUGGUGGAUCCUCAACUGAAAAGGAUUGUGAUGCCGGUGUUACAAAAGAAAAACCAGAAAACAAUGAAACAAUGAAGGAUACAAGAAAAGUUGAAGAAGAUACAGACAUAGCUGAUAGCCAAAUGAAUGAUUUAGUGAAUACUCCUGACGAUAAGACUAUUGAUGAUACAACAUCUGAACUUUUAUGUGCAGGGAAUAGUGAUAACUUAAGACAUUCUAUACUUUACAGAUUAGCCAAUACAGAUGCUCAUUUUAAACAUCAACAAAGGGAUGAACCUGAUUUAACGCACAAAGAAAAAUAUGACAUUGCUAAUGAUAUCCUUGAGAAAAAUGUCAGCACAUUUCUGUCACGAUUUGGCAAAUAUCUCCAGCCAUCAGAUUUAGAUUAUUUUGAACCAUAUCGAGGGGAUUACAUCAUUGAUUUCUACUUGAAAGACAUUCCCAAACAGCAAAGUGACAAAUUGAACAAACGUAAGGUUUCAAAUCGGCGAUAUGAAGCCAUGAAAGAUAUGACGGCCAAUAGUGACUAUUUCAGUGAAGACUCUAUGAAAAUGAGAGAUCCCCUGUUAUAUGAACAAAUGAUUGGGAAAUAUCUCGACGAUGAUGAGAUAAAUGAGCGUGCUGGGAUAGAUAAAACAGAUAUGAGAAUGUCGUCAAUCAUUCUUCAACAUUUGGAAAUGAGACAAGAAUCAGCAAUUCGUGAGCUCCAGCGUGAUAAAGAGGAGUGUCAGAUGGAAGAAGAGGAUGAUGAUGAUGAUGAUGAUGAAGAUGAUAGUGAAAUGGAGGAAGAACAAGAAACGAAAACAAAGAAUAAGGAUGGUAAGCUAUCAGAUGGUGAAAAGUUGCUUUUACGCCAAGAGUUCAUUCAGACAAUGCAGGAGAGGUUUAUUGAUGGGAAAGACCUGGAUUUUGAUUACAGUGAAGUUGAUGGUAACGUAGAGUAUGAUUCUCUUGCUAUCAGGGAACAGGAUGAGUUGGAACAAUACUUUGAUGGUGAUUACUCUGACAAUGAACAGGAUGAUGUAUCAAUAGAGAGUGAUAACACUGAUAGGGAGUUUGUUGCCAUGGAAACAGUGGCUGAUAAAGUGAAUAAACUUGCAGGCAAAACUAAAGAUUUACAUUGUAAGGAUUAGCAGAUGUCCACAUGGAAACACCCAAUCUUUUUACUACUGUAAUAACUUUAUUUCAAAGUAUCAAAACAGUACAAGUGCACUUGUAUAAACUAUAUAUUACA